AUGGCCCGUCACCCUUUGGAGAUCCUCUCGGUUGAAGAAACUGCAAGAGCACGGGAUGUCAUCCUUGGCCUGCACCCAGACAAAGUGGUUGAUUUUAGGGAGAUCUUCCUGAAGGAACCGGCCAAAGUAGAGCUGAAGCGGUUCCUGCAUCUCGAACACAGUGCCCGUCUCUCUCCCACGUCCCCGAGGCCAGCGCGCCUUGCCAAGUGUCAGUACGAUGUCAUUGGCACUGACAAAAUUCCCGAGUAUCAUGAGUCUUGGGUGGAUGUUGAGAACGGUCGACGUGUCCAUCACGAAAUCAUUGGCAAGCAACACCAUGCCGCCCUUACUUUGUCCGAGUUCGACACAUUGGUAGACGUGUGUAAGGCAUCGCCCGAAUUUCAAAAAGCCGUUGCCGAAUUCAAUAUUCCUGAAGGAUUCGAAGUUGUUGUGGAACCAUGGCCAUACGGCGGACUAGACCUGGAGGAUGAAAACCGCCGCUACUUUCAAGGGUUAAUAUUUGCCCAGGACACACGUAGCGGGAAUCCCGACUCCAACUUCUAUGCCUAUCCCUUUCCUCUGAUUCCCAUUAUGGAUGCACACAACCGCGAGAUUAUUCGUAUCGACAGGCUCGCAACUGGCGGCAAGGGUGACAGUAUUACCGGCAAGACGCACAACAAAGCCGUUAUCGACCAUUGCACUACCUCGGAAUACGUACCAGAGCUCCUUCCCAAUGGCACUAGGAAAGACCUCAAGGCACUGAAUGUUGUGCAACCAGACGGGCCAUCCUUCAAAGUCAGCAACGAGUCCUUGGUUGAAUGGCAGAAGUGGCGCUUCAGAGUCUCUUUCAACCCCCGGGAGGGCGCAGUACUUCAUGACGUCCACUACGAUGGCCGGAGUGUUUUGUACCGUAUGAGCAUCAGCGAAAUGACGGUGCCCUAUGCGGAUGCUCGGCCUCCAUUCCAAAGGAAGCAGGCUUUUGAUUUUGGCGAUGGCGGCGCCGGUAAUUGCGCCAACAACCUUGCGUUAGGAUGCGAUUGUCUAGGUGUGAUAAAGUAUUUUGAUGGAGUUAUCGUCGAAGCAGAUGGUGAAGCCAAGGUUCUUCCCAAUGUCAUCUGCCUGCACGAACAGGACAAUGGCAUCGGGUGGAAGCACACUAACUGGCGUACCGGGCGUGCCGUGGUUGUCCGCAGCCGCGAGCUCGUAGUCCAGUUCAUCAUUACGCUCGCCAACUAUGAGUAUGUCUUUGCCUACAAGCUUGACCAGGCUGGAGGUAUUACACUAGAGGUCCGCGCCACCGGCAUUGUUAGUGUCGUCAACAUCGACCCUGGAAAAACGAGUGACUAUGGCAACGUUGUCAAUCCUGGAGCACUUGCACAGAAUCACCAACACAUCUUCUGUGCACGAAUCGAUCCUGCUAUUGACGGUCAUGAGAACACCGUCAUUCAAGAAGAAUCUCAUAGCGUUCCCAUGAACCCAACCACAAAUCCACGGGGCAACUUUUACGAAGUCCGCCAAACUCCCAUCAAGCAGUCCACGUGGGCAGAUGCAGCUCCACAACACAACCGUAUCUUCAAGAUUGUUAACCCAUCCAAGACGAACCGCAUCAGCGGCAAGCCCGUCGGUUACAAAUUCACGCCUCCGGCAACGCAGCUACUCCUCGCAGACCCGAACUCCGUGCAGAGCCAGCGCGCCGCCUUUGCUCAGCACCAUGUAUGGGUCUCAAAGUACAAGGACGACGAGCUUUACGCGGGUGGCCGCUUCACCAUGCAAAGCAGGAAAGAGGUGGAUGGCGUCGCAGAUGCAGUGGCGCGAAAUGAUGACGUUGAGAAUAACGACGUGGUCGUGUGGUCUGUAUUUGGCCUCACCCAUAACCCAAGAGUCGAGGACUGGCCCGUUAUGCCUGCCGAUAUCUUCCAGGUUAUGAUACGCCCGGCGGACUUCUUCGAAGCAAAUCCAAGCAUUGACGUUCCUAGCAACAAGAACUUGUCCAGCAUAGAAGUACAAAAGUCCGAGAAGGCAUCUUGCUGUGGCAUGCAGAAGCUGUAG